CCGAAGAGCCUGACGCCUGCCUGGGAGAAUUUGCGGAGACUUUAGACAGCCACAAUCACAGCAUCCAGAAGUGUAGAUACUACCAUCUUGUUGUAUUUCACGUCGAGGGGAUAGCAUGCGCGCCCGUGCCGGUACUUAGCGUGUGAUCCCUACCAAACAUUAUCGCCGGCUCUGUUUUUAACAUCUCACGACAUCGACACAUUACAGCAUCAUCCCAACGCGAACAGAUAUUUAAAAUCUGACCCCUUCACCGCUAUCAGCACGCGUCAGGCUAUCUUGCGACUCCGAAUUUGAGCUGAUAUAUGUCGAUUUGGCCGCGCGCCGGGUGGUCUCCAGGCUCCCCAGGCCGCCUCUUUCGCCCUUCCUGAAUGGAAGAAGUUACCGCCGCGGAUCGCGACAUCGACUCCAUUCCACCACGCGACUCGAUCGACGCCCACGACGCAUCCGACAGCACACAAAAUGGAGACAGCAUCGAGAUUGAUAGCGCAACUGUGAUCAAGGACGAGGAUCAGCUGGCGCCAGUAAAUGGCGAUGAUGGUGGCGUCAUUGAGCGCCCGACAAAGCGGCGGAAACUCGAAGAUGCCACACCGCGUCGCUCAGCAUCACGCGCCGUAUCGCCGCCCUGGAAGUCUUUCGUGGCUGAUGGGCCCACGACUGUGUUCGAGAAUGGCGUCAGAAAGUCGUCGCGUGUAAACAAGGACACUGCACCGCCGACGCCAGAGCCUGUAAAGCGGAAUUCACGACCGGCUAGUAAGACGACGCAAACGAAUGGCACCCCUAAGAAUGGUGUCAAGCGGGAGUCGCGCAAUGGCUCAGGGCCCAUGUCUGUCCCGAAAGGAAAGACGCCGUCCACUAUCACGAAGAAGGCUUCUGCACAGUCCUUGGUAACCCCGGCGCGCAAAUCUGAGCGCCAGAGGAAGCCAUCUGGACUUGCGACAACAUCCCCAGUCGCAUCGCCAGCACUUCAAAAUGGGUCGCCCGAAGGCACGCGCAAGCGGGUCGGACGCUCUCGGAGGGGCGCUCAGGCGCCCACUGACGAUCUAGGUGACGAACCCGUGGACGAUGCCGAAACCAAUGGACAUGACCCCUAUGCCGGCCUUUAUGGAUCGCCCGACGACUCGAAUCCGGCAAUGCCCGCCCCUCGUCUUCGCCUGCGACUGCGAAAGCCCGACCCUCCGAAUCGACAUCCCGCACAUGCCCCGCCCAAGUCAGAGUACGCAUCCCUCGAAGAGUGGUUAGGGCAGGACGACCCACUAGACGGCGAAGAGGCGCUCAGGACAACACAAGAGAAGGCUGAGGAGGAGGCCGAGCGUCGCUUACAGAUCGUCGAAGCUGCUGAGCAUGGAGUUUUGAGCCAGACACGAUGUAGUGUGUAUGCACCUGAAGCAGCCCCAGAACCGCCUCCACAGUAUGGUCAUUGGGAUCACGUGGUGGCGCAUGCUCUACACUUCGGCAAGCUGCUGAAAGAGGAAAAGGUGGCACAUCGGCGGACGGCUAAGAUCCUGGCUAGGGAGGCAUAUGACUUCUGGAAGAACAAGUUCAAGCGCAAGAGUCAAGAUGAGAUUGAACAAGAAGAAACUGAGCGACAGGUGACAAGGUACAAGCAGCUUGUGAAAGAUGUCAAGGACGCGUGGGGCUUGGUCAAGGUUGAGAUCGAUAAAGAGCGUGUGGCCAAAUACGAAGAGGAGCAGUUGCAGCUCGGACACAAGGCUAUGGAUGACAUGUUCAACCAGGCACAAGAGAUUCUGGGUGGCCGUAAUGCGGGCGAUGGCGCAUCUUCCCUGGUCAGCGAAGACCGCGAUUUCGAUGAGAUGGAAUCUGAAAGCGGGGUGUCGCACGCCUCAGAACAACAACACGACGAUGACAUUAUGUCUUCCAGCUCCGAUAGCGAACAAGAAAACGAACAGGAUGAAGAUGCGAACCUCACAGCCGAACAGCUACGCGAGAAAUAUGGACAACUUCCCGAUAUUCCAGAGAGUAGCUCCGAAGCUGAAGCGAACUCAGAAGAUGACGACGAUGAGCAGGCUGAUGCGGAAGAGGGUACUCCUGCGCCAACGCCAGACCCUGAUCUUGAAGACGAAGAUACCAGCGAACCCCCCGAAAAUACUUUCCAACAUACCAACGGCUUCAAUGACAACGAAGAAGAUGAGGAGAAGAAAAAGCCAGGUUACAUCGACCCUGCUACGAUCGAACUUGAUCAGGUUGAUGAUGCUUUGCUAGAUUCUGAAGACGACAAGGGCUCAGAAUCCGGUAGCGAGGCUUGGUCAAGCAACGAAGGCUCGGGAAGUGACGACGAUGGUGAAGAAGCAGGCGAAUCGGAAGAUGACGAUGAUCAAGAGAGCGAGGAAGAAGAACUGGGCAUGAUGGGCUUUUUGGCACCUAAAGACAUCAAGAAACUGAAAGAGGCUGCCAAGACCACGAUUGACGACAUGAAAUCAGAAGAAUCGUCCCCCCAAAUAGAACAGCCAAACGGUCAUGCUCCGUCGCCUGCGGAAACCACUGAAGAGAAGCCUCGUGUGAACGGCCAUGAUUCCGUCGCUGAGGUAGAUGAGCCACAUGUCAAUGGGGACACUGCGGCACAGCCGGCUCCUUCCAUCGAGAUUGCUGAGUCAACUCCAAUGGAAGAUGUAGUACGAUCCAAGAGUGCUUCUAGAUCUCGGCACACGUCUUCUCCACCAAGAACCGAGGUGCCGUUCUUGCUACGCGGUACCCUCCGAGAGUACCAACACGACGGACUAGAUUGGCUAGCGAAUCUAUACGAGUCUGAUACUAACGGUAUCCUCGCAGACGAGAUGGGUCUAGGAAAAACUAUACAGACGAUCUCGCUCCUUGCAUACCUUGCUGUUCGUCGCGAAAUAUGGGGUCCGCAUCUAGUCGUAGUGCCCACUAGCGUCAUGCUCAAUUGGGAGAUGGAGUUUAAGAAGUUCUUGCCAGGCUUCAAGAUCUUGACGUACUAUGGCGACAUCAACGAGCGAAAACGAAAGCGCUCAGGCUGGCGCAACACUGGAAAGGACAUGUACAAUGUUGUCAUUACUUCAUACCAGCUCAUCCUCCAGGAUGCAGCAGCAUUCAAGAUGCGGCCCUGGCGCUACCUGGUGCUCGACGAAGCCCAUAACAUCAAGAAUUUCAAAUCACAACGAUGGCAGACCAUGCUUAACCUUCGGACAGAGCGGCGGCUCCUGUUGACCGGUACGCCUUUGCAGAACAAUAUCGACGAGCUUUGGUCGUUGCUGUAUUUCUUGAUGCCAGCUGGAUUUGCUGGAGAGGGUCGCAUCGCGGGUCUAGAAGAAUUCACGCUAGCGUUGAAGAAUCCUACGUCGCAGAUUCUCGACCAGGGAAGACAACAACUCGACGCAGAAGCGCAGAAGGUGGUCAAACGGCUCCAUGAAGUACUUCGGCCAUAUCUGCUUCGACGACUGAAGUCGGAGGUUGAGAAGCAAAUGCCUGGAAAAUAUGAGCAUGUUGUCUACUGUAAGCUUUCUAAGCGGCAACGACAGCUUUAUGACGGAUUCAUGGGCCGUGCUUCGACCAAGGAGAUCUUGUCCUCCGGAAACUACAUGUCGAUUAUCAAUUGCUUAAUGUCAUUACGAAAAGUCUGCAAUCACCCCGACCUGUUCGAAACGCGAGCUAUUGUAACGUCCAUGGCUAUGCCCAAGUCGGUUGCCGCUCAGUACGAGAUCAAGGACUUCCUCAUUCGGAAGCGCUUGCAAGAGGGCAUGGAAGACAAGCAAGUAAACUUAGACGCUCUGAAUCUGGUAUUUGCGCGACGGGAACAGACUCAAUUAGGCCAUGCUCGACGUACCUAUCCUAUUCGUGCCACACGGCCUCUAGAAGACUUGAUUGAGCGCCAAACACGGCGCAUCAACAAACCGACCGACAAGGGUACCUCCCCACUACAAUCGACCAUGGCAGCCAUGGCCAAGCGAGAGCAAGUGGCUGUUCGAGAUCACCUGCAAACUUGUCUUAAUCUCACUCGCGCUCGUACUCAGUUUAUGCCUAUAUACGGAAAGGACAUUGUCGAGGCGGUCACCGUUGAUUGGCAUGAUUUCACGUUCGGGGCUAUCACAGAAGGAAAGAAGGUACCUAAGCCGCUCCUGUACCGAACGCACCACACUACGCAUCCGAAUUAUCAUGGCUUUGGCCAGGCGCAAAUGCAACCGAAGCAAGAGGAGGCAAUCCAUUACGACAUUGUUCGCCAACACCAUGGCCUUCUCGGCUUCAGAUCACCACGCUCCCAUCGUGUGUUGUCACACUGGCACGAUCAACAAAUUACACACUUCCACGACAUGAUCCCUACAUUGGAACAGCGUGCUGAGGCCAUGGAGCCUCUCAUCACUCGCUUCACAUGUGUUACACCUGCUGUUGCAGCGGAGGAGCUUGCUCCUCUGACCUUGUCCAGACGCGGUGUUCAGCUAAUCCAAUCGUCGGAGGCAGCACAUGAAAAAGAUCCCUUCCAUGCUUCACGCAUUAGACAAUCCAUCGCCUUCCCAGACAAACGUCUUCUUCAAUACGACUGUGGCAAGCUUCAGCGUCUUGCAACGCUACUACGAGAUCUGCAAGCUGGUGGUCACCGUGCGCUCAUCUUCACGCAGAUGACAAAGGUUCUCGAUAUCCUCGAGCAGUUCCUCAAUAUCCAUGGGUAUCGCUAUCUACGUCUUGACGGAUCUACCAAGAUCGAACAGCGCCAAAUUCUUACAGACCGCUUCAAUACCGACCCUCGCAUUCUAUGCUUUAUCCUGUCAUCCCGAUCUGGUGGUCUCGGUAUCAAUCUCACAGGUGCUGAUAGCGUCAUCUUCUAUGAUCUUGACUGGAACCCUGCAAUGGACAAGCAAUGUCAAGAUCGAGCCCAUCGUAUCGGUCAAACACGCGACGUACACAUCUACAAGUUUGUCAGCGAAUACACCAUCGAAGCCAACAUCCUCCGAAAGUCCAAUCAAAAACGUCUUCUCGACGACGUCAUUAUUCAAAAGGGUGACUUCACCACAGACACGUUCAACAAGGUUACCUGGCGCGACGCGCUUGACGAGAAUAUGGGCAUCGACACUACCGACGAAGCUGGCGCAGCCAUGGAACGUGUGCUCGGCGAGAAGAUUGGACUCCUUGGCGACGCACGUGUUAUGGGCAACGUAGAAGAUACGGAAGAUCGUACUGCAGCUUCCAUUGCGCAAAAGGAGAUUGUGGAUGAAAUUCAGGAAGAUCAAGUCGACUUCAACGAGAGCCUCAACGCUACGAGGGCUGUCUCUGAAGCCGCAGCUACCACUAAAGCGGACGAAGAUCUGGAUGUUGACGGCAACGAAAAGGAACGGAGACACGUCGAUGAAUACAUGCUGAGCUUGUACCGAGAGGAAUAUGGCAAAGAACCAUACAGACCGCCAACGGACAGGCAGAAGAGGAAUCGGAAGGGGCAGGAUCCUCAUGUACGGCAUCGAAAGAAGAAAUACUAGUAGACGGCCUUUGAUUUUUAGCGAGCGUAUUGAAGCGUAAAAAUGUAUUAAUAGUUGUACAAUCGUAGUAGCAUUUGCAUGGUCUGGCGUUUCCUCAACAGAGAGGAAGAGCAAUAAGAUAACUGUACAUUCGCGUUGAAGUCGGAUGCUGCCCGC